AUGAGCGGCCUGGAGCUCAGCGAGUUGCCGGACUCUGCGGAGGAGCUUGCCCCGUACGUGAGGGCCCUCCGCCGGGCAGCGCUGCAGGAGCUGCCCGGGGACCAGGCACUGUCUCACCGGUUCCUGCUCAAGUUCCUCCGGGCCAGAGACUUCGACGUGGACUCAUCUCUGAAGUUGCUGCUGAACUACCAGACCUGGAGAAGGUCCAGUCCAGAGCUCAGUUCGUGUCUGUCUCCGCUCUCGGUCCUGGGGCUCCUCAGAGCCUCGUACCAUGCUGUACUUCCCCUCCGAGACCACAGGGGCAGCAGAGUGCUGCUGUACAGGAUCGGUCAGUGGAAUCCCAAAGACUGGUCGGCCUUGCAGGUGUUCAGGCUGAGCCUCAUGACCUCGGAGGUCAUCGCCAUGGAGACGCAGACCCAGAGGCGGGGCAUCAAGGUCAUCUACGACCUGCAGGGCUGGUGCUUAGGCCACGCCCUCCAGGUCACACCCUCCCUGGCCCGAAAGAUCUCCUCCGUGCUCUCGGCCUCGUUCCCUCUGAAGGUCCGGGGGGUCCACCUCCUCAGCAUGCCUCUGCUCUUCAGACCGAUCCUGGACUUCCUCAGACCCUUUCUGCCCGAAAAGAUCCGCCAACGGAUCCACGUUCACGGCUCAGACUUCUGCCACUCUCUCCGGGACUUCUUCUCUGCUCCUGUUUUGCCGCCGGAGUACGGAGGGGAGGGGCUUAGCGUGGAGGAGGCGUGUCAGGCCUGGACCAAUCAGCUGCUGCGGUCUCCGUACAUAACUGUGUGUGUGAAGACAGAAGACCAGUCCUUUGAGCCUAAAGAGGAAGAGGAGGAGAGAGGAGAGGAAGAGGAAGAGGAGGAGGAGGAGAGAGGAGAGGAAGAGGAGGAGGAGGAGGAGAGAGGAGAGGAAGAGGAAGAGGAGGAGGAGGAGAGAGGAGAGGAGGAGAGAGGAGAGGAAGAGGAAGAGGAGGAGAGAGGAGAGGAAGAGGAGGAGGAGGAGAGAGGAGAGGAAGAGGAGGAGGAGGAGAGAGGAGAGGAAGAGGAGGAGAGAGGAGAGGAAGAGGAGGAGGAGAAGGAGGAGAGAGGAGAGGAAGAGGAAGAGGAGGAGGAGGAGGAGAGAGGAGAGGAAGAGGAGGAGGAGGAGAGAGGAGAGGAAGAGGAGGAGGAGGAGGAGAGAGGAGAGAACCUGAGCUCAGAGGCAGAGGGAGGGCACUCUUCAGGCCCAGACUCUGAUGAAGACUACAAAGCUCCUCACAGAUCAGAUGAAGACCAGAACCUGCAGCUCCAGACCUCUGCACCUGGUGUGUCCUCCACCUCUGCCUCAGAGACCAGGGCCGCUGUGGACCUGAAAGACGGGUCCGGAACAGCCGAAGGGUCCGAGGGGAAGACGUCCAGAGUCCAUGGUCUGAGGCUGGAGACUAGUCCUCAGGUCCAGGGUCUGAGGCUGGAGACUAGUCCUCAGGUCCAGGGUCUGAGGCUGGAGACUAGUCCUCAGGUCCAGGGUCUGAGGCUGGAGACUAGUCCUCAGGUCCAGAGUCCAGGGUCUGAGGCUGGAGACUAG